AUCAUCCCCGAAAACAACCGCCCGAUCCGGAGCGCGCCGGUACCCUCGCGAAUUCCACAAGGAAAUACCGCGGAGUUCUCGAAAAAAAAAAUUCGCCUUUGAUACCUCGUCACCCAGAACGGUACCUUCGCGGACUCCGUAAGGAAUUACCGCGGAGUUCUCGAAAAAAAAAAAUUCGCCUUUGAUACCUCGUCACCUGGAACCUUACCUUCGCGAAUUCCGUAAGGAAAUACCGCGGAGUUCUCGAAAAAAAAAAUUCGCCCCUAAUACCUCUUCACCUAUAACGGCGUGUUUUUGUCACAGCACGUUGAACGAAUUUGAUCACGCCAUUUUUCGUGUUGUGCAUCGUGCUUUCGUUCGGUGUUAAAUUUUUUAAUUGAAAAAAUUCGCAGCGACUAUCUGGUGAAAAAUUUACGCGCUAAAAUUGAUUCUUCUUUCAGUGGUGCGAGAUCGCUUAGUGGCCAGUUUAUAAACGCCCUCAAGUUUGCAUCAUUUAUACUCGACGGUGUCUUUUCAGUUCUGAAACCGGAAAUAAUUACUUUUGAGGUGGUUUUGAAUUUAAUUGAUAUGUGCGAAAAUGUGACAGUUCCUUUUGUAUCGGGAACGAGCGGUUGAGUUUUUAGAUUUAAUGCUAUGAAUGUGUAUUUCGUAGAUGAAAACCGAAUCAUAUCAUCAGCCUUGCGUUGCUCAUUGCUUUAAUUAAAAGGCUCUCCUACUGUUGUGUGUUGAUCGAUGGAUAUAUCGAAAGCAUAAAAUAUAUGUAAGAAAACUUUCGGAAGCGCAAAUUGGAUGCAGCGUACCUAAUCUCAGUGUUUCCUGCCGUCCCGUAUUUCAAAAUCGGAUCCAUCGUUUCCUCGAAACUUUCGUUUUUGAUGUUCCAAUGUAGAUCCGUUUUAGUGAAUAAUUGCAAAUUCAUCGGGAAUUUUUUUCUCUCUAUCUCUUAUUAGCGUGACUCCCCCGAUCACGAUUGUGUGGCUGUGCGGUUUCCGAAAAAAAUAAGCUCAGUGCUCAAAUUGCUCUAAAAUCGUUUUAUAAUAUCUUUUACUUUCGUGAGAAGUGAUCAAGCCCUCUGCUUAAACUUAUUCUAUUUCAAGGAUUCGCACGUUGCGAGUGGUGUCAUAGUUUCGGCUUAUUUAAGUUACUUUUAUUGCUGUAUUUUGCUGUGUCCACGCUUCAGCUCUCUUCAGAGAGGUCUCGACGAUUUUUCUUGGAGAUCCUAACUCAGACUACGGUGUCCGAGGUGCUCGGGGAAUGAGAUGGGGUGCGUGCGACGACUUGGUGACGUCACGGGAUUAAAAUCAUCAGACUAAUGGAAUCGGGUGGGCUCGGGCUGGGCCCGGAUUUAAAUGAACUCUUGGCCGGAGUCAUUAGUUUGAAUUAAGGGGCAUGAGAUAUGUGCCGCUGGAGUUGCUCCGUUGAGUGCCUUGGUCGCCGUCGCCGUCUCCGUCCCGGAAGCGGAGCCCUCGCCGCGGGCCCCGGCGCCCCCGGCCCAGCCAAGGGUUGAGCAAGGAACCAGAAACCACCAGCCAUGGUCUCCUCCACGCCCUCCUACCUCUUCCUCCUCGUCAUUUUUCUACUCUCCUUCUUCGUACCCGACAAUGUGUCGGGCGCUCAUCGAGAAACUAACAAAAAUGCCAAUCAAAUAUCACAGGACAGCCAAGAAAGGCGGAACCAUCCAUACUUCGAUAAGUCUGCAUCCAAGAACGUCACAGCCCUGUUGGGCAAGACAGCCUACCUCAACUGCAGGGUCAAAAGCUUGGGCAAUAAAACAGUUUCGUGGGUGCGACACCGAGACAUCCACCUUCUCACUGUCGGAAGGUACACUUACACGAGUGACCAGAGGUUUCGAGCGGUGCACCAGCCACACAGUGAAGACUGGACGCUCCAGGUCAAAUACCCGCAGCAUAGGGACACCGGCAUCUAUGAGUGUCAGAUAUCCACGACGCCACAUAUGAGCCAUUAUGUUCAUCUCAACGUUGUUGAACCAAUGACUGAUAUUGUAGGUGCCCCUGACCUGUACAUAGAUCACGGCAGUACUAUCAAUCUGACAUGUGUAAUAAAAUAUAGCCCUGAACCUCCUGCCUACAUAUUUUGGAAUCAUAACGAUGCUAUUAUCAGUUACGAUUCACCGAGAGGCGGUGUCAACGUACUAACGGAGAAGGGUGAAACGACCGUGAGUUUCUUGCUUCUCCAGAAAGCCAGGCCGACGGAUACCGGCCGCUAUCAGUGCAAUCCUUCUAAUGCCCAGCCCAAAGCUGUUAUGGUGCACGUGUUGAAUGGUGAAUAUCCAGCCGCGAUGCAACACGGUGGCGAGGCGCAGUUGAGAGUCAGCCAGAAAUACUCUCUAUUAAUAUGUGUAUGCUUUUUCCUCCUGGUUAAGUAGCAAAUACUUGGUCACGAUUGUUGACUUUGCGAAAGAUCUCUUGUAAAUAUGCGUCUCCGCCUUUGUAAUAUAUAAUCUAUCUUUUUCAUUACUGUAUUCGCCGUUAUAUUGUUGUUUUAUUUUUAUGAAAGUUUAAUAGAAAAUGUAAAAUAAAUAAAUUUUGCCCAUAAAUAAGA